CCACAACACAGGAAGUGCUUGAACUGCCUGUUAAACAUCCUUAGACAUCUAAGUUAUCGGGUUAGACUUCAGAAAUGUGUCACCAGCUCGUUGUGUUUGUCCCGGUUUAACUCAAAGCCAUGGUGUCUCUGUCGUGGUUGAGCGGCUCUGUUCUGUCAAACGCAAACGUCGCAGCUUUACUGCUUUUCCUGCUGGUGUUUUUCCUGCUGUAUCGGAAGAAGCGGGACUCGGUGUAUAGAAACAUUCCUCCAGGACCGAAGCCAUGGCCGGUGGUCGGAAACUUCGGCGGGUUUCUGGUUCCGUCCUUCAUCCAGAGGAGGACCGGGCAGAGGGCGAGCAGCGGCCCCACCAGCCCCAUGGAGGCUUUAUCGGGACUGAGCAGAACUUAUGGGAACGUGUUCAGCCUGUUCGUGGGGACUCAGCUGAUGGUUGUUUUAAAUGGAUAUGAAGCGGUGAAGGAUGCUCUGUCAAACCACCCAGAGGUGUUCUCAGACAGACCUGACAUCCCCGCUAUUACCAUCAUGACCAAACGCAAAGGGAUUGUCUUUGCACCUUAUGGGCCAGUAUGGAGAAAGCAACGCAAGUUCUGCCACGCCACACUGCGAAGCUUUGGCCUGGGGAAGCUGAGUCUGGAGCCUUGCAUCCAGGAAGGCCUCGCUACCAUCAGAACAGAGCUACUGCGGCUGAACGAGGAGAGCAGCGGCGCUGGUGUGGACCUGGCUCCUCUGAUCAGCAACGCCGUGUCAAACGUCAUCUGCUCGCUGAUCCUGGGUCAGCGCUUCCAUCAUGACGAUCGCGAGUUCCGCAACAUGCUGGACCUGAUGGUUCACGGGCUGGAGAUCUGCGUGAACAGCCCCGCAGUCCUCAUCAAUGUCUUUCCACUGCUCUACUAUCUGCCCUUUGGGGUCUUCAAGCAGCUACGGCAGGUGGAAAAAGACAUCACGGUGUUUCUAAAGAGGAUUAUUGCAAAGCACCAUGAAACACUAGAUCCUGACAAUCCACGGGAUCUUGUAGACAUGUAUUUAAUGGAGAUGUUGGCCCAGCAAGCUGCCGGAGAGAAGGACAGCAGCUUCAAUGAGGACUAUCUCUUUUAUAUUAUAGGAGAUCUCUUCAUUGCUGGCACUGAUACAACCACUAAUUCAGUUUUGUGGAUUCUGCUCUAUAUGGUCUUACACCCUGAUGUCCAAGACAAGGUCCAGGCAGAGAUUGAUGAAGUGGUGGGCAAACAUCGGGUCCCAUCUUUUACUGAUCGAGGAAGUUUGCCUUUUACUGAAGCCACCAUCAUGGAGGUACAGAGACUGACUGUGGUGGUUCCACUGGCUAUUCCUCACAUGGCCUCAGAGACAAAAGUGUUCAGAGGCUACACUAUUCCUAAAGGAACAGUUAUUAUGCCCAACCUGUGGUCUGUCCAUAGAGAUCCCACUGUGUGGGACGACGCAGACACUUUCAAACCUGCACGCUUCCUGGACGAUGAGGGAAAGUUGCUCAAGAAAGAGUGUUUCAUACCAUUUGGGAUUGGUCGCAGGGUGUGCAUGGGAGAACAGCUGGCAAAGAUGGAGCUUUUCCUGACGGUCACCAGCUUACUGCAGGCCUUUAAAUUCAGACUGCCGGAGGGAACGCCUCCUCCUCCGCUGCACGGUCGCUUUGGCCUGACACUAGCACCUUAUCCAUUCACUGUGUGUGUGAGCACUCGUACUAGUAACAGUGGAACAGACUCUCUGUAAACUGAAGACUCCGAAAAUGUUGACCAAGGUCUCCUGCAGAGACGCUGUAACAUUUAAGCAGUAUUUAGAUACACUUUGUGGCUCCUCUGUGCAGAAGAAAUCACAGAAUAUACACUACUGUUCAAAAGUUUGGGGUCACUUAUAAAUGCCCUUAUUGUUGAAAGAAAAGUAUUUUUUUCAGUGAACAUAACAUUAAAUUAAUCAUAAAUCCAGUCUAGACAUUGUUAUUGAGGUAAAUGACUAUUCUAGCUGGAAAUGGCUGAUUUUUAAUGGAAUAUCUACAUAGAGGUACAGAGGAACAUUUCCAGCAACCAUCACUCCUGUGUUCUAAUGCUACAUUGUGUUAGCUAAUGGUGUUGAAAGGCUCAUUGAUGAUUAGAAAAUCCUUGUGCAAUUAUGUUAGCACAUGAAUGAAAGUGUGAGUUUUCAUGUAAAACAUGAAAUUGUCUGGAUGACUCCAAACUUUUGAAUGGUAGUGUACAUUUUUUUCUUAAGUUCUAAAUUAUUUCUCUAAUUAUUCAAGCAAUUGUGUCCUAAAAUUUCAAAAGUAAUUACAAAUACUGAUGAAAUGCAGAAAUCACCCCAAUACACAGUGAAGUCUCAGAACUGUCAAAAUUGAACGUCAUUUACAAUUUUUUUUAAUAGGAUAAUUACAUAAUGAAGUCAGUAUUGUAUGUCAGAUGCCUUCGAUUUUGAAAGACACCAAGUGAUUUUCUUUAUUGAUGUUUUUUUCAGUUAUUGUUUUAUGAUUUUAACUGCUGUAUAGAGAUUAACACACAUAACUUUCCAUAUAAUAUAUAAAAGUUUAUUUUUCUGCUUGGGCAUUUCAAAACAUAUUUCCUUACGGACUUGAUGUACAAGUUAUUGAAAGCUUGAAGAAUAAAAUAUAAUAUUGUAAUAAUAAUGGCCUUAAUAUA